AACAAUGUUUAGAAACAAGUGGAACGCCACGGAAGGAGGACGUGUGUUAAUCGUAGGAAAAAGUUAUAAAGUUCGCGUAGUGAGUUCAGUGAUACCGAAGCGUUCGGUGCAAACACAUGGUUCGGAAUUCCGGCCACAGCAUGGAGACCACCUUCUAUGACGAGCAAUAUCCUCUCAGCGGCCCUGUGGAAAACCUUAAAAGGCCCCUAACCUUGGAUGUUGGGCGGGGUGGGAAACGUUCACGAAUCGCUGCACCCGUUCUCUCCUCGCCAGAUUUACAAAUGUUGAAGCUCGGAUCUCCUGAGUUGGAAAAAUUGAUCAUUCAAAACGGUAUGGUGACAACCGCUACCCCUACUCCGGGAGCGCCUGUCUUAUUUCCCGCAGUAGCACCUACGGAGGAACAAGAAAUGUACGCGCGACCUUUCGUCGAAGCGCUAGACAAGCUGCACCACGGCGAGGCAGUGACGCCGCUCGGACGUCGAGUAUAUGCCGAUUUGGACAGGCCGCUAGAGCGAUACCCCACUCCCAUCGUGAAGGACGAGCCCCAGACGGUGCCGAGCGCGGCCAGCACGCCGCCGCUAUCACCCAUCGACAUGGACACUCAGGAAAAGAUCAAACUGGAGAGAAAGAGACAGAGGAAUCGGGUAGCCGCUUCCAAAUGUAGACGACGUAAGCUGGAACGUAUUUCAAAGCUGGAAGAGAAAGUGAAAAUUCUUAAAGGUGAAAAUGCUGAACUAGCACAGAUGGUGGUGAAACUAAGGGACCACGUGCACAGGCUAAAGGAGCAGGUCCUAGAGCAUGCGAAUGGUGGCUGCCACAUCGAGUCGCACUUCUGAUCGCGUCGCCAUCGCCGCUCCUCCACAUUCCAUGCUAGUCGCGCCCGCUAGGACGCAGCAUACAAAGCGAUUUGUGAUCUUAAUUUUACUGUGUAAUAUAUAGUUAAUGAACCCUAGUGUGUAAGGUGUUAAAGUCGCUACGUUAAAGAAUGCUGUGGAUUUCUGGUUAAGUUUGAGAGAUUAGGUUUGCCAGUGGUGUUAUGCAGAGAACCGUCGAUUGCGGACACUAUUGUAAUUAUUGUUGUA